UGUAGUUACCAGGAAGAUUAACCGCGAUGAUCAACUGGCCCUGGUGAUACCAGCUAGCUUUUCUGUUAGCAGGCUCCAUUGAAAUAAAAGGUGGUUGUUUUAGAUACCAUGCUAAAACCUAGACACUUGAUACCAGGAACAGUUCACCGGACAGCUCGUCCCCUCUUACAGUGAAGAUGCCAGCUGUGAUCCGGGAUAAGGAGGACUCGGAGUCCUCCUCAGAAGACGAGCAAGACGACCAUCCAUGCAUCACUUGGAGUGGCCUCAGCAAGGCGAUCCCAGUUCUCUUGUUUCUCCCUGAAGCUGUCGUUGCAAAAGAUGGGAAUAUCUGCUCUGUUGGAGAGCGAUACAACAUGGCCUUCAAGAUUGUGCGCACAGAGAGCCGUCUGGUUCGAGGAAUACUCACCAAUCAUGGAUUCCAUGAGGUUCACCCGAACAGUAAUGACUUUAACCUCAUGUGGACAGGAUCUCACCUCAAGCCUUACACACUACGCAGCCUUCAAGACUUCCAGAAGGUCAACCACUUUCCCAGGUCGUAUGAAUUGACGCGAAAAGACCGUCUCUAUAAAAACAUCCAGCGAAUGCAGCAGACUCAUGGCUUCAAAAACUUCCAUAUCGUUCCUCAGACCUUUGUGCUUCCCUCUGAGUACCAGGAAUUCUGCAAUUGUUUUGCCAAGGACAAGGGCCCAUGGAUUAUUAAACCAGUAGCAUCUUCGAGAGGACGAGGCAUCUACCUGGUCAGCAAUCCAAAUCAGAUUUCAAUGGAUGAAAACAUCUUGGUGUCUCGCUAUAUUAAUAACCCACUGCUGAUCGAUGAGUUCAAGUUUGACGUGCGGUUGUACGUGUUGAUAACAUCAUAUGAUCCACUCAUCAUCUAUGUGUAUGAGGAGGGCCUAGCGAGGUUUGCCACAGUGAAGUAUGACCGGACUUCAAAGAGCAUUAAGAACACAUUCAUGCAUCUCACCAACUACAGUGUGAACAAAAAGAGCAGCGAUUAUGUCAGUUGCGAUGACCCUGAAGUUGAGGAUUAUGGGAACAAGUGGAGUAUGAGUGCAGUGUUGAGGUAUUUGAAGCAGGAGGGGAAGGACACCACAUUGCUGAUGAGACAGGUGGAGGACCUCGUCAUCAAAGCUGUUCUGAGUGCUGAGCUACAGAUCGCCACUGCCUGCAAGAUGUUUGUUCCACACAAGACAAACUGCUUUGAACUCUAUGGUUUUGAUGUGCUCAUUGACUCCAACCUCAAACCUUGGUUGUUAGAGGUGAAUCUUUCACCCUCUCUGGCCUGUGAUGCACCCUUGGACCUGAAGAUAAAGGCCAGCAUGAUUGCAGACAUGUUUUCGCUUGUGGGCUUUGUGUGUCAGGACCCCCUGUCGAGACAGCCACACUCUGACCGAGUCACCCUGGACUCCAGCCUCAAAAACCCAGCAGCCCCAAGAGCACAGAAGCCUUUUUCUGCACCGACAGCCACUGCACACAGCAGAGUGCGACAGAGGCCUGCAUCAGCCAGUAACUCAGAAACAGAGGGGUCAAAAGACAAGCAAAGAGCUAAACAAAGCCAAGGAGAGAGUACUCUGAACUUGACUGCUGAGGAGAUCAAAGUGCUGAGGAGGAUAAAGGAAGAAUUUGAGAGACGGGGAGGCUUCAUCAGGAUCUUUCCCACUGCAGAAACAUGGGAGCUCUAUGGUGGAUAUCUGGAGUCCAAGACAUCAAUGAACUACAUGUUGGCAAACAGACUUUUCCAUGGAAGGAAUGUGAAUGGGAAUGUGCAGCUGCAGGUGGACGCCGUCCAUGGCUGUCACGUUGUCCAGUAUGAGAGGAAGCUGCUGUCUCUCGAGGCCCGUAAGAGGAGACAGCGCCACCUGACUCAUCGCUCUGCUGCGGGGAAGAAAAAAUCGGGGAAAGAAUCCAAGGCCUCCCCGACUGAGAGCGGCAUUCAGGACGGAGAGAAGUGCGUUCAGGAGGAAAGAGAGGAGGUGAAACAAGUUCCCAAGCCAGUCUCACACAAGGCUUUGGUAACAGAGCAAAGAAAACAAGUGGCCACACCACUGGAGCUCUGCCACGGUGAGGCUCUGUCCAGCUCAGAGGCAGCCACGCACGGUGCCAGGCCCAGAGUCAACCUGCUCAACAUCCUUCAGCAGGGGUGGGACCUCAGUAAGGUGCAGGCCCGGAUGGCCUUUUCCUCAUACCUGCAGCGGGUCCAGCAAAGACUGUUAUCCGAGAGUCGAGCCAACACCAUCCCAGCUUGGCCAGACAAGGACAACGACCAAAUGGAGCUGGUGAUUCGCUUUCUGAGAAGAGCGGCCAGUAACCUUCAGCAAGACAUUAAGGUGGUCUUGCCCAGUCGCCAGUUACCACUCCAAGACCGCAGACGCAUCCUGUCCCACCAGUUAGGGGAGUUUAUUCACUGUUAUAACAAGGAAACUGAACAUAUGGUGAGAAAACAGGAGCAUAGCAAAGAGGAGCAUUGUGUGAACCCCAGUGUAUUUCAGGAGUACAUCACUGCAGCAAGUGAAAAUGAUCUGGAGGAAGUACUGACAUUCUACACACAGAAAAAUAAAUCAGCCACCGUCUUCCUAGGAACAAAAGUCAGGAGUGUUAAGAAAGACGUUCAUGAAAUAAAUGCCUCAGGAGAUUCAAGCAACUAUGAGAAUUCCAAAACUCUGUCUGUGGCCAAAGAGGAUUCCAGCGCUUCAGAGUCCUCGCUCUCCACAGGGAAAGUCAGCAGCGACCCAGACAUCAAGGCCGCUGAGAGUCAACCUUCUGUACGUGCACUGUCUGAAGAACAACAGGCUUCGUUUGGAACUGGUAAAACCCAGCCAGAUGUCCAGGCGUCUCAGCACUGCUCCAGCUUCCCUGUGACUUUAGACUGCACACAUAUUCAUCUGCAGAACUGCUCUCCUGCUCCAGCAUCCCUGCCUCUUCACUGUCCGCCGCCUCCACCUCCUCAGCCGCCGUCCUAUGUGCAGUCCUUGGCAAAGUCUCAGCUCUGCCAUUCUGAGAGGCUUUCUAACCCUCCCGCGUACACCUCUGCCCCUGUGAUCACACAGCCCCCGAGAGCGACGUGGACAGCUGUUUCCACUGGCUCUAACACAAUCUCAACUGGGCAACCAACCCAAGUGCUCAGGAGGAUUCAGUCCUUCACCUCAUCCACAUCUGGCUCUGGGGCAGCCUCCUCCAUCCCGAGUGCCACGCACAUCUAUAGCCAGAAGCUCUCUAGACCCACAUCUGCAGGCCAAGUGAACAGGAGGAGCAGUUCCAGUAAGCUGAAGUCAAACUCAGUGGGGGCCUUUAAGGAGUUAAACUCCCUGUCCGCCCAGGCCCAGUCUAACCAGCAGGCCUUCAUCUCAGCCCUGCAAAAGCUGGCAGACAAGCAGGUCGCUUGCCAGUAUGCCAGCUCCAGUCACAUCAACCUGCUAACACAGCACUUGACCAAUCUGAACCUGGCCAACAGGAUGCUGAACAGAGACUGCUUCACUCUGAACCCUAAGGUGCGGCAUACUGCCGCUACGAGCCAGGGGCCGGUGAAAGCUGUUCACUCUGGAACAGAUCUGCUUAGCAGCACUGGCCACAGGCCACUGAAGGAAGAGGAGGGUCUUUGGGAUGGGCAGAUGCAGAAUGCCUAUAGCUUGGUGACAGGGGUGAACCCCCAGCAGCGCUACCAGCCCACUCAAAGUAGCUACCAGCUUCAGUUUGCUAUCCAGCAACUACAACAGCAGAAACUUCAGUCUCGACAAUUCCUGGACCAGAGCCACUGCAGACACCAGGCUCAAUUUCCAGACCAGUCAAGUGCUCCACACACCCAGGCUCCCACAACCUCAUCCAGCUGCCCUCCGUCCAGCUUUCAUGUUCGGCCCAAUCACAGCCACGGCCACAGCCACAUCCAGACCUUUGUCAGUCCUGUUCUCGCCCCGAAGCCACCCAGCAGUGCUCGAAAGGGACAGAUCAGGAAAACGGCAACUAAACGCCUCAUCAAGCAGACGUCCUCGGAGAGUUCAGCCAGCGGAACCGUGUCCAGCAGCCAGCAUAUGGUCUAUGAAGCCAUCUGCAGUAAAACAGGUCUUUCUGUGUACCGCAAGCUGUUCCAGGGCCAGGAGCCCAGUCACAGAUGACAUGAAGGCGACCAGAGGCACAUCCUGCCGCUCUGCCGGCCUGACAGGUGUCUCUGCAUGUAACUACAUCCUCACAGAGGUGUAUUCUGGGAAAGGACAACAGCAACAGAUGAAAGCAUGCCAGACAUCAAACAGGGUCCUAUUAAAUUCUCUAUCAUACAGCCACAGACAUGCGAAGAGGGUAGGCUGCCAAGCCAGGAAUGCCCAGCUUUGACGCAGGUUGGGAUUUUGUUGCGCAGCUCAACAUUAGAUGGCCUUUUCGGCCCCCCCACCCCCCGCCUCCCCUCAUACCCCUUAGCUACCUUCAGUCUAUAUUCCAACAGUUGCCCGCCCUCAUUCUCUCCAUGCUGCUAAUGCCACAGAAAGAUUGCAAUGAUAGAUAGCCGUCAGCAGAUGGUUCUUCAAGUCCGAUUGGUAUUUUAACAACAGGAUUCAGCUUUUUAUUCUUUACUCAUGUACACCGCUAGCCAUUUGAGAAGAUUUUUUUCUUCCUUAAGUUAUUCAAACAGUUGAGAUGGGGGUUUAAGUUGUAUACAAGUAUUGUGGAAGUGCCCCUGAGCAGCUUCUCAUCUUGCAUGCUAAGAAGCUCCUUCCAUGUGUGGCUUGUGGCUUUAGACGCUCCAACCGCCAGUCCUUGUUGGAAGCCAAACAGUUGCCAAAUCAGACUCUAUGGCCAUUGUCUGGGGAUGUGUUAAAGUAGAGCAUCCUUUGCUUGAGAAGGAAAUUCUGAUUGUUAGAGCUUAAAUGGGAUUGCUCGCUGCCUUUUACGAGGAUGAUGAAGGGGGGUUUAUAUCAAGAAUGCAGUGAAGCUUGUGAUUGUUUCUGUAAACUGUGGAUAUGUUGAUGUUGUUUUCCUUGGAUGGACCAAAUUUAAUACCUUUGGUAUGAUAAGUAAAUUAUUGUUAUUGUGUCAGUAUUUAUUUACUGUACAUUGUCCGCCAACAGGUGUGGUCAGCCGUUUGUGUAGCUCAGAGCAUAGCAUACAGAGGAAUUACGGUUAUGCACAGCCUUGCCUACAAUGAAGGUUAAUGCUGCACCAGCAGACCAGUAUCCUUGUGGAUAUUCUGUUUCUUGGGACCAUAUAGCGAGUUCACUCAGGGCGUGUUAAUAGACUAAAACAUCUCUGUUAUAUAUCAGUAGAUUCAGCAUAUGUUUAUGAUGACUGUCAAAAAAUACUUGAAUUUUGUGCAUGUAUAUGUCAUAUCUACUGAUGAUUACCAUCAGAGUGGUUUUGCACAGAUUGUAGUUUUCAAUGCAGUACAACAGAACUGGUUUUAUUACAAUUGAUGGUAUUGGAUAUUUUUUUUGUAGUGAUUGACGUUAAACUUCCAUGUUGUGGAUUUACUACUGUUAAAGUCAGUGCAUGAUGCAUUACAAGAAUCAGAAACAGUAGAAUCCAAAUCAUUGUGUAUAAUCUACUGUGGCUAUUCAACAUUGUUUACAGUCUGAUACUUUAAUUGGUUUUGUUCCUGAUUGUUUACAACACACAUGCAUGGACAUGUAAUAUUUUUGGAAUCAUUUAGGCAGUUUGUAGCAAGCAACAUUGAAAUGAAUACCUAGAAGACAUUACAACAUGCUGAUCAUGUCGGUAAAUGUAUUUGUUCGCCACACGUUCUGUACACUGGAGGU